AUGAAAAGGCGGGAAACUGUAAAACCUGGCAACCCGGAACAUGCUCCCCUGCUCUCCAUGUCUCGUCUCAUUUACUUCGCGGGCAGUAUCCGCGGCGGCAGAGACGAUGUGCACUUGUAUCAGAGCCUCGUACAGGAGCUGAGGACGUAUGGGACAGUCCUGACCGAGCACGUGGGGGACCAGGGCCUCAGUGUCCAAGGUGAAGUCUCUGAAACUGGCGACAAAGAAAUUCAUGACAGAGACCUGGACUGGCUCCAGCAGAGUCAUGUGGUCGUGGCUGAGGUUACGGUCCCCUCUAUGGGUGUGGGAUAUGAACUCGGUCGAGCUGUGGUCAUGGACAAACCGGUGUUGUGCCUCUUCAGACCCGACUGCGGCCGGCGACUCUCAGCGAUGAUUCGAGGAGCCAAAGGUCCCAGGUUCACAGUUAUGGACUACAGACCUGACCAGAUCAAGACCAUCCUGGACCAGUUCUUCAGCCAAACCCAGAUCCAGACAUGA